GUGGCAGUCAGUGGUCGAGACAACAACACACAUAACUAUACAGUAUAUUUGAUAUAAUUAUUAUUAUGUUAUUUUUUAUAUACAUGGCUAUCAUCAGUUAGGUCACUGUAGACCCAUAAGUGAUACAUACAUACCCGGGAAAUAUAUAUAUAUACAUAUAUAUACACACAUUAUCAGCACUUGGAUUUGAUUAUUACCUAUUAUUAUAUGUGUAUGUGAUUUGAUUUGUGUGAUAAUACCCGUCCGUGUGAUUUGAUUAUUCAAAUACAAAACAAUGGCCACCACUACUACUACUAUCACCGCAACCACACCAUCAUCAUUAAGAUUAUCAUCUGUGGUGCACUCAUUGGUGGUACUUGUGUUGGUGACAAUCAAUGGAGGCGUCCGAUCGCAACAAAUAGAGCCGACGGGCAAUAGGGAUGCCAUUGAAGGCGAGACCAUUAGAUUGGAUUGUCGUUUCAAUCCCCAAUUGUUGGGACCAAAUGCCAAUAAAUUGAUCUACUAUUGGCACCGGACAAACAAUGCCCGUACGGAUCCGGUAGCCAUCAAUGAAAACCCGUUGGAAUCGGACUAUACAGUUGAACAUAGUGUCAAUGAAGGCAAAUACGAUUUGGUUAUCAAAAAGGCUCAGUACGACAGAGACAAUGGCCAGUUCGAGUGCAAGAUCAAGGAGGCCGGCAAUGGUGCCGAAAUUAAGAGCCAGUCCUAUGCUGUGACUAUAUUAAUCCCGCCCGGACCACCAGUGAUCACACCCUUGAAUCCAGUGGCACGCGAAGGUGAACUGUUUGAGCUGAGCUGUUCCAGUCAGGGCGGCAGUCCCGACCCGAGUGUCCAAUGGUUUCGCGACAAUCAACCCCUUGACGGACAGGUGACUCGUGGCCUAACCAAAGACAAGCCUACUGUCAAUAAGCUGACUAUUGAUCCGCAACUUGAACUCGAUCGGGCCAUCUAUAGGUGCACAGUCUGGAACCGGGCUAUCAGAGAGGACAAGAAAAUGGAGGCUUACGUUCCGCUAACUGUUCACUAUAAGCCACGUCUGACUGUCGGCCCCUAUAACCCACUGAAGGUGUCUGUAGACGGAAACGCUGAGAUGAGCUGCACUGUUGAAUCCAAUCCACCGGUGCGUAGCGUCAAGUGGAUGAAAAACGGACAGAUCUUAACCAAUACUAACAAUCAUACUAUUAUUCGUGUCAAACCUGACGACUCCGGAAAAUACGAGUGCGUGGCCGACAACGGUGUCGGCGGCCAACCGGCUAAAGAGUCGCUAGAGUUGGCCGUACUUUACGGUCCGAAAGUGAAUGUCGUACCCGAACGCGAGGCUGUCAACGACGAAACACUGAAUGUUAAGUGCAAUAUAGCCUCAAAUCCUAAACCACAUACCGUUGUCUGGCUUAAGGAAAACGAUCCGUCAUUCAAACAGACCGGUACAGUGUUGGCCUUGAAUCGGAUUAAAGCCGACGAUACCGGCAACUAUGUAUGUGUGGCCAGUGCCAAUCUGAAACCGUCGGGUGCCUCGGAGGGUAUCGAACGGACACAUAACGCUACCGUUAGAAUACGUGUGAAACAUAGACCGGGCGAAACGGAAAUACUACCCGCGAAUCCGGUAGCCAUUGCCGGCAAACCGUUUACCUUGACCUGUAACUCGAAGCCACCCGGUUUUCCCGAACCCGAGUAUCGCUGGUGGCGCGAAGGUCAGGAACAACAGGAAUUGGGUCGACGAGUAAACUAUACGUUCAUCGCUGUCCACGUCAGUCACGAAGGUCGCUAUUUUUGCGAACCGUCCAAUUCGCUGGGCAAAGGUCAACAGGGUUCGGUCUAUUUGACCGUAAACGAGGCGCCACACGUGACCAUUCCGAUGAAACCCCAGUUUAUCGGCAAAGAGGGCGACCGAAACUUUAAGCUAACCUGUAUUUCCCGAUCGAAACCGAAGGCCAAUGUUGUCUGGUUGCAAAACGAUGCCGAAAUUACGGCCGAUAACAUGCAGUUCCGGAUCGAGAAGAAGGAAAACUUGGAAGCGGCCGAAGUCUAUAACAUACAGACAACUCUGUACUUCGAGUCGAUGGCCCGCAAGGGAACCAAUUCGCUGACGGCCAACGACAGAGGCCGCUAUACCUGUUUGUUUGACAACGGUAUUGGCCAGUCGGCCAAAUCGACUACUGUCCUGCGUAUUGAACAUUCGCCAGUCGUACGCCAUUCGUACAAUCGGGUGGCCUUUGAUUUCGGCGAAACAGCUGUACUCCAGUGCAAAAUGUCGGCCUAUCCGGCACCGAAAUUUGAAUGGUAUUUCAAAGGCAAAACAUUGGACAGCUUUAGUGACCGCUAUCAGACCAAUGUUACCGAACUGGGCGACGACAUUCAUGUGGGUACACUGUCCAUACGCAGCACCCGGGAAUCGGAUUACGGCGACUAUACGUGUCGGGCGUUCAAUUCGGUGGCCGACGAUGAUGAAAAAACUAUUAUCAAAUUGGCCAAAAAAUCGGCACCCGAAAUGCCAAUGCAAUUGGAAAUGGUCGAAGUGUUGUCCGAUUCGGUGAUCCUGAGAUGGGCUGAAGGUUUCAAUGGUGGCUUCGGUAAUACAGAAUAUGUGGUCACCUAUAAUGAUGGCGAUCGUUGGCGUAACGAGUCGUGCCGUAGUCUAAAUCCGUGCAAAAUUACUGGACUAGAGUCGCGACACGAGUACCAGUUUCGUGUGUUGGCCGUCAAUCCGCGCGGCUAUAGUCCCUAUUCGGAGGAGAUCCGAGUGACCACUAAAGUCAAUCUAAAAGAUAUGCCCAAUGCUUUCGAUUCACUUUACGAUCGCGAGAAGAAUACACUGGUAUUCAAUGUCGAGGCACCGGAUGUUGCCCUUAAACUGGUGGCCAAAAUCGAAAUUCGUAGCGAAAAUAACGGCGAAUGGAAACAAUUGACAACUGUUCCCAUAAUUUCCAGUCAAGAAACUGUUUACUUGAAGGCAACGUCCGAAGAGAUUAGCGAUAUUCGUGUAAUACUUUGUCUUCAGAGUAACGAUUCGUGGUGUGGUUACGAACAUCUGGUCAAAAUGGACAGCAUCUAUGCCCGUGAGGCCAAAAGCAUUACUGCCGACUACUUGAUGACCGUCAUAGUAGUUGCCAGUGUUAGCGCACUGGCCGUUGUGGCCAUCAUAUUGUGCUGUUGUUGGCGACGCAGUGACAAAUCUGAUAAAAAAGACUACGAAUCCGAUUCGACAUCUGGUCGUCCAAAGGUGACCACUAUUAGCCAACCGUUUUACGCCACACACGAUAACAAAGGUCUUAUGUCGGACGUAGACACAAACAAGUUGUCGCCGCCAAUGUAUUCGCCAACUGUCGACUCGAUGGGCGGCCAUAUACCGCAAAACUACUACCUGACCGGCGAAAGCAACGAUCCGAGUCCCGGUGCCAGCACUGGAACCGGUCAGAUAGAACUGUGGAAUAUGAUCAAAGACGAUAUGAUGAACGACAGUCCCAAUGGCGGUCCAAUUGAUCCGAUAAACGGUAUGCCCUAUCAUCAGACAUACGGAGCGCCGCCACCGCACAUGCAAAUGGAUCCCAAUGGCUAUAUCGGCGGUUAUGGCUAUUAUCCGCACGAAGGCUAUCAGCAGCUGAACGACGAAAUGAAUCGCAAGAAUAAUAUGCAAAUGGCAUACUAUGAGGAAAUGGGUGCCAAUCCGUACGGUACGGCAGCUCAUAUGGGUAUGGAUAUGAUGUCGGCCAACGAUGCCAUGAUGUCAGUAGUGAACAACCAUCAGAUGAUGAACGGCGAUCCCAAUCAAAUGAUGCCACCCAUAGAUCCAAUGCCGCCAAAUAUGACACAACAACUACAACAACAACAACAACAACAGCACAUGUCCUACGAUGUCGAGGACAUGGAGUACCAAACAAAUCGAAACGGACGAGUCAUUAGAGAGAUAAUUGUUUAGAAAAAAAAUUAAUUAAUUGUUGAUUUGAUUAGUUUUUUAUUAUUAUAAUUAUUAUUAUUAUUUUUU